AUGCCCGGUGGUAUACAUCCUCCUCUGUCUGUCAUACUAUCAUGGCCAACACCGAACUACAUGAACCCUGUCACUAGACCAAGAGUCGCGACCAUAUUAUCGUGUGUUUUCGGGCCCCUCACAACUCUCCUUCUCUUCGCGAGACUGUGGGUCAGAAUCCGCGUGCAACAAAACGCAGGUUUGGAUGACUGGUUGAUGAUAGCAGCGAUUGUACCGCUUGGUGCGCUGACAAUCAUCAUCCCUUUGGCGUCAGACGUGUACGGCUUCAACAAACACGUGUGGGAUGUCCAGCCGCAUUUCUACGUGAUUGAAAGGAAAUACGUCAUGGCAAUUGAAUCAGUUUUCUGUGUCGCCUCGGGGCUCAUCAAAGUUUCCAUCCUUCUGUUCUACAAGCGUCUAGGCUCACGUGCCGUCUCCAAUACCUACCGCUGGGCGAUCAAGCUAACCAUAGCCUUCAUAACGGCAUAUUCCAUCGCAUUCGCGCUCGUACCGAUCUUCGGCUGCCAACCUAUAUCCGCGUUCUGGGAUCAAGUCGACAUAAUCAAGACUGCGAUGGGCUACGAGUAUAAAUGCUUCAAUGAAGGAGCAGACGUUUUCUCCGCUUGCAUCAUUUCUACAGCCCAGGAUUUGCUCACUGCGAUACUUCCCACCUUUCUGUACUGGAAACUUCAGAUUCCAAUUCGUCAGAAGAUCGCUUUGUUCGGCAUUUUCGCGAUCGGUUACGGGGUGGUCGCGAUUGGAGCACUGCGCUCGUAUUUCUCCUGGCAGAUCUUUUUCGAAACAUACGAUGUCACCUGGGUCACAUGGCACACCUGGAACUGGACGCUGCUUGAGAUUCACAUGGGGGCUCUGUGUGCUAACGCACCGGCACUGAAGAUAUUCUUC